AUGGCAGAGCCUUCGCUGCCCCUCUCCUUCCUCUGUCUCCUCGCCUUGUCCUCAGCCUGCUACAUCCAGAACUGCCCCCGGGGUGGCAAGCGGGCUCUGGCCGACACAGCCCUGCGACAGUGCAUGCCCUGCGGCCCCGGGAACAGAGGCAACUGCUUCGGCCCCGGCAUCUGCUGCGGCACGGAGCUGGGCUGCUACCUGGGCACGGCGGAGACGCGGCGCUGCGCCGAGGAAGACUACCUGCCCUCACCCUGCCAGGCUGGAGGGCAGCCCUGCGGCGCCGGGGGCCGCUGCGCCGCGCCCGGCAUCUGCUGCACUGCCGAAACCUGCGCCAUGGAUGCUGGCUGCCUGGACGAGGACAGCGAUGGGUCUCAGGAGACAGCGGAGAAGAACCUGACAGUGCUGGACGGCUCAGCUGGAGACCUGCUCCUCAAGCUGAUGCACCUGGCAAAUCGGCAGCAGCAGGGCAAGCAUCCUCUCCUCUGA